GCGCGUUGGCUCAGUCCUGGCGGCUGUGGCUGGUCCGUGUUGUGUGCAAGGGGAGACAGCUAGUGUGGCGGCUCGUGCGCACCCCCUGGACUCGCCGCCAUGAGCAGCACUUUAGCAAAGAUUGCGGAGAUCGAAGCCGAGAUGGCUCGGACUCAAAAGAACAAGGCCACAGCACAUCACCUAGGGCUGCUUAAGGCUCGCCUUGCUAAGCUUCGUAGAGAACUCAUUACACCGAAAGGUGGUGGUGGUGGUGGGCCAGGAGAAGGUUUUGAUGUGGCCAAGACAGGUGAUGCUCGAAUUGGGUUUGUGGGCUUCCCAUCUGUGGGGAAGUCAACACUGCUGAGUAACCUGGCAGGAGUGUAUUCGGAGGUGGCAGCCUAUGAGUUCACUACCCUGACUACUGUGCCUGGUGUCAUCAGAUACAAAGGCGCCAAGAUCCAGCUCCUAGAUCUCCCGGGUAUCAUUGAAGGUGCCAAGGAUGGGAAAGGUAGAGGUCGUCAAGUCAUUGCAGUGGCCCGUACAUGUAAUUUGAUCCUGAUUGUUCUGGAUGUCUUGAAACCCUUGGGACACAAGAAGAUAAUUGAAAAUGAGCUGGAAGGCUUUGGCAUUCGCUUGAAUAGCAAACCUCCUAACAUUGGCUUUAAGAAGAAAGACAAGGGAGGCAUUAAUCUCACAGCCACCUGCCCCCAGAGUGAGCUGGAUGCUGAAACGGUGAAGAGCAUUCUGGCUGAAUACAAAAUCCAUAAUGCGGACGUAACUUUGCGGAGUGAUGCCACAGCCGAUGACCUCAUCGAUGUGGUGGAAGGAAACAGAGUGUAUAUCCCUUGUAUCUAUGUAUUAAACAAGAUUGACCAGAUCUCCAUUGAGGAAUUGGACAUCAUCUAUAAAGUGCCGCACUGUGUACCCAUCUCUGCCCAUCACCGCUGGAAUUUUGAUGACUUACUGGAGAAGAUCUGGGACUAUCUGAAACUAGUGAGAAUCUACACCAAACCCAAAGGGCAGUUACCAGAUUACACAUCUCCUGUGGUGCUGCCUUACUCCAGGACCACAGUGGAGGAUUUCUGCAUGAAGAUUCACAAAAAUCUUAUCAAAGAAUUUAAAUACGCUCUGGUCUGGGGUCUCUCUGUGAAACACAAUCCUCAGAAAGUGGGUAAAGAUCAUACGCUGGAGGAUGAGGAUGUCAUUCAGAUUGUGAAGAAGUGAGACCUUGCCCUCCCCCGUCUGCCGGGCCAACCACAGCAGCUUUCCCCGCGACAAGCACCCUACUCGGUCCCUUCCGUUCUUGGCAGCCACUGGAUCAGGGUACAGGGGUGGGAAAUGGAGGCACCCAAGCUGGAACUUGUCUUACUGUGGUCUCACCUUCUAUGUUGAACUGCAUAAAAGACCAAGUAGACCUGUU